AUGGGGAGGCUGACGCUCGCGGUGCCUCUCAUCCUGCUGGCUGCCGCACUGAUGCUCACCGAGGGCAAACAAUGUGUGUGCUCAGGAAAAUCUAAAUGUCACUGUGACGGAGUAAAAGGCAGCAGGGGGGAAAAAGGUUUCCGAGGACCUCCAGGUGACCCGGGGCUGCAGGGCCAUCAGGGACCAGAUGGUCCCGCUGGACCGACGGGACAAAAGGGAAACACCGGGCCGGCAGGACCGGGGGGACUGAAAGGCGAUCCGGGACCUCGAGGGAAAGAGGGAAGCGAAGGGAAUCACGGCUUACCGGGAGACCCUGGUUCUGGAUACGGCCCAAAAGGAGCAAAAGGAGACAAAGGGCUGCCGGGCCCAGAGGUGCUGUUGGAUUUCCUGGGCCACCUGGGCCUCCAGGUUACCCAUCCACUGAUCCAUAUGGUCGCAAAGGCUUUCCCGGGCCCAAAGGGGACCCUGGGGAGCCUGGGGAUGUUUAUACGGGACUUCCUGGUCCAGAUGGGGAUCCUGGUAAUCCAGGAGAUCCUGGUGAUCGAGGACCACCUGGACCUCCUGAAGACAGAAGUAUCUAACAGGGUCACCAAGGGUAUCCCAGGAAUGAAGGGGCAGAGGGGCCCCCCGGGGCCCGCAGGAAACCAAGGGAAUUUUGGAAUGAAAGCGUGCCGGCAGACAUCCUCAUGUCUUUACUUCAUGCAGGAGAGAAGGGGGAGCCCUGUACUAUAUGUGUUGGAACAGGACUCCCAGGACCGCCAGGACCACAAGGUCCCCGGGGUCCACCUGGAAGCCGAGGCCCUGUUUCAGGACCGGGUGAGAAAGGCGACCCUGGCUACCCCGGACAACCGGGUUUACCUGGAGUCCCUUAUCCAUUCCCGGGUUCAGAUGGAGACCAGGGUUUUCCAGGUGUCCCGGGGCCUCCGGGGAGACCAGGACCUGCUGGCUACCCGGGGCCAGGUGGAUUUGGAGCUCCUGGAUAUCCUGGAAGUAAAGGAAACGUUGGGGUGCCCGGCCUGCCGGGACAGCCUGGGAUUCCAGGACGGAACGGUUCUCCUGGUCCAAAGGGGGAGCCAGGUGUGCCGGGGUUUGGUACAACUGGACCUCCUGGGCUUCCUGGUGAGCCUGGUCUGCCUGGAUCUUCUGGACCAGGUUCACUCGGACCACCUGGGCCAAAGGGUAUUAAGGGGCAACAAGGAGUUCCUGGUCCACCAGGGCCGAGAGGAGAGCCAGGACCCUAUGGGAGACCAGGAUAUGGACAACAGGGACCGCCUGGAAACGCUGGGCCUCCGGGACCAAGAGGUGACUACGGUCCAGCCGGUCCUCCUGGAGAUCCUGGAAUCCGUGGACUUAAAGGACAGCGAGGAGCUGCUGGAGCGCCAGGAGGACCUGGACAAACAGGCUCUCCAGGACCCCCUGGAGCCCCUGGAGCCCCUGGACCCCAAGGUUUUCCAGGGAGAACCAGGGAGAGGCGACACUCACACCAUGAAGGGUCAGAAAGGAGAGCCUGGUUAUCAAGGCCCGCCGGGACCUCCGGGAAGCUUUGGGCGGAGAGGACCGCCAGGCUACCCAGGGCCCAAAGGUACAGAUGGCCCUCCAGGACCCAAAGGACUCCCAGGACCCAGUGGACCACCAGGUGCCUCGGGCCCGCAAGGUGCCAGAGGAUAUCCGGGUCCAAAAGGCAGCCAAGGCCAGGACGGGAUCCCGGGACCACCGGGCCAGAAAGGAGAAACCAGUAAGCCAAACACUGCUGAACAGUUCCUGAUCCUGUUUUUCCACAUGCUGCAGCCCUACCGCGUCAAUUCAGACAAGUCAGAUGUCCUCUUGGAGACCCCGGUCCUCCUGGCCUUCCUACUGGAGGAGCUCUUGGACCACCAGGAGACAAGGGGCUUCCUGGUCCACCGGGUGUACGUGGAAGAAGAGGACCACCGGGAGAGAGUCGAUGUUUUCCCGGGGAUAAGGGAGACCGAGGAUACCCUGGAAGUCCUGGCAGGACUGGAUAUCCUGGUCCACCCGGGGAUCCGGGACCUACAGUGGAUGGGUGUAAAGGAGACCAGGGGGAUCCAGGUCCCCCAGGAGGUCCAGGUUUUCGUGGGUCUCCAGGAAGUCCAGGCCCUCAAGGACCUCCUGGUUCAGGCUCGUCCCCUGGAGGCCCAGGACCAAGAGGUGAUCCAGGACCACCUGGAUACACAGGGCCCAUCGGUGAGCCAGGUGACCCCGGAUACAACCCAGGCCCUCCCGGUCCGCGUGGGCCCAGAGGUUUUCCUGGACCACCUGAGCAUCCUUUCCUCUCUGUGCUCCUUCAUAAAUCAUGUCCUUUUCACUGCAGGUCCAGAUGGCAGACCUGGAAAUCCAGGUCUCAAGGGUCUCCCUGGCUUGCCCGGCCGAGGUUCUGUAGCGUACGUGGAGAGCUUCCUGAUAGCCAGACACAGUCAGUCCAUCCACAUCCCCGACUGCCCCAGUGGAACCAGCUUCCUCUUCUCUGGCUACUCUUUUCUCUACAUCAAUGGGAAUAAGAAAACUCACGGUCAGGAUCUUGGGAGCGUGGGAAGCUGUCUCCCUCGUUUUACCACCAUUCCCUUUCUCUUCUGUGACACCGAAAAUACAUGCCGCUUUGCAUCUCGCAAUGACUUCUCCUACUGGCUGUCCACCGACGAGCCGAUGCCCGCCAACAUGACCGCCAUCAGAGGGGACAGACUGGCCUCCUACAUCAGCAGGUGUUCGGUGUGUGAAGCCAUCUCCAACGUCCUGGCCGUCCACAGCCAGACCACUCAGGUGCCAGACUGUCCUGCGGGCUGGGAGUCCCUGUGGACUGGAUACUCCUUUGUCAUGCAAACGGGUGUUGGAGCCCAAGGAUCCACUCAGCCUCUGGUGUCUCCUGGCUCGUGCCUGGAAAAUUUCCGCCAAGUGCCCUUCAUCGAGUGUCAGGACAAGGGGACGUGUAACUACUACCCGGAUUCGUACAGCUUCUGGCUGGCCUCCCUUGACUCCUCCAGCAUGUUCAGUAAGCCUGUUCCUCAGACGGUGAAGGGACCGUCUCUGCGGAGCAUCAUCAGCCGCUGUCGAGUCUGCAGGAAACCAAUUCCAGUUCACACCACAACUGGGCGUGGAGACACUUUCUAA